CUUGACCGCAGUCGAAAAUGGCACCGACGAAGAGACACGCCUAUGAAGCACAGUUUAAAAUGCAAGCUAUUUGUUACGCGGAGGAACAUGGGAAUCGAGCAGCCGCGAGAGAAUUCAAGAUCAACGAAUUGGAGGAAGCAGGAAAACGAGCUUCGCCAAGUCAAGAAGAUGAAGAUGAUUUUCCGCGGAAAAAAAAAAGAAAAACAAAACGCGGAAACAAGGCGAGGUGGCCCGAGUUGGAAGACCAACUCGAGCAAUGGAUUAAUGAACUCCAACCGUUGGACAUUGGUGUAAACAGGGCGUUCAAAGUGAAGUUGCGAGCGGCGUGGGAGCGAUGGAUGACAAAUGGCGAACACAGCUUUACUAAGACUAGGAGGCAGCGCCGGUCGAGUUACGCCACAAUUUGUGAAUGGAUUGUGGAUGGUUGGGCUAACGUGUCUGCUUGCACUGUUGUUCGAGCUUUCGUAAAAGCCGGCAUCAUUUCUGAGGAGCCGCACGGCAAUGAGACUGACUCAAACCUGCCGUGUUUGAUUGAGAACUUGCCCAGCUGUUCAUUUCGUAUACAGAACAUGAAGACUAUGAUGGAUUUGUGGAUGAGGAUUGAUCAAAAAAUUACGAUCCCUGGUUCACCGAAGGAAGCAGUCAUAAAUCAGAUUCUUGGAGGAGCGCCUCUGCAAAGUCCGGAAAAAGCCCGGGCAGGUGACUGAAUACACCACAAGAGACCCUGGUCAUUCUGUCAGGUACAGGAAGAUGUCCAUCCAUCCAUCCAUUUUCUGAGCCGCUUCUCCUCACUAGGGUCGCGGGCGUGCUG